AUGCCGCCAAGAGGUGGAGAAGGAGAAGGCGAGCAUGGCAGCACGGUGCAGAGCCACCCACCGGCGACCGUCCGCGGCGACGAGGACGCCCCGCCCCAUUCUACGCCGCCGCUCCCCGUCAUUGUCCAUGUAGCUUCCGAGGAGAAGAAGCAGAAUCUGGAGCCCGUGCCGAACCUUCCCGAGGGCGCCCUCGUCGAGAUCCUUUCACGAGUGCCCUACAAGUCGCUCUGUCGCUUCAAGUGCGUGUCCAAGCCGUGGCUUGCUCUCUGCUCAGCCCCUGACAUCCGCAAGAGGUCGCCACAGACCCUCUCUGGCUUCUUCUACUACCAAGCCGGACGCCUUUGUUUCCGCAAUUUGAAUGGGAGAGGUCCGCCUCUGGUCGACCCAUCUCUCCCUUUCUUGCGCGAAAGCUACUGCCACAUUUUUGUCAAACACGUCUGCGGGGGCCUUCUCCUCUGCAUCUGCUCGAAUAAUCUGCGAGACGAGUCCUAUUAUGUUGUCUGCAAUCCUGCUACCGAAGAGUGGACUGUGCUGCCUCCUGUCGGAUUUCCAGGUCGCGAUCCGAUCGCUUUCCUAGGUUUUGACCCUGCUAUUCCAUCCCGUUUUGUGGUGUUUGCCCCCAAGAACCAGAUGGUUGGUACUAUGAACGAUUACAGAAAAGUGGCAAUCUACUCGACAGAAACUGGACGGUGGACUCAUGUGCAAAGUAAGUGGACAAAAGAUCCUCUCAUGAAUCAUGUUAUACACACACAGGUCUUCCUGAGUGGCACUAUCCAUCUGCCUACCCUUGAUAAGAGAAUAGCCACAGUUGACGUGGAGGGGAAAGUUUGGAGGGAGAUUCAAAUGCCAAACACCUGUGAUGUUGGGCACUCUCAACGACGUAUCUAUGAUGUUGGGCACUCUCAACGACGUAUCUGUGAUGUUGGGCAGUCUCAAGGACGCUUGUGUGCCUGGUGGAUAGAUAAUUCUCGUGAUUGCCAACUCUAUAUUUGGGUCCUUGAGGAUUAUGAUACUGGAAAGUGGACCCUAAAGCACACUGUUAACGUUUUGGAGCUGUUUGGAAGGAAUUGCCGUAAAGAUGGAGAUUCCUAUGUGAUGUUUGCAAUUCAUCCGGAUUGCAACAACAUUUUUCUUACUGACAAGAAGAACAUGACAUUGUCGUAUGACAUGGAUAAUCAGAAAGUGCAUGUUAUCUGCACUGAAGGCAUGAAGGGUCUGCCUUAUACUCCCUGUUUUGCGGAAUUGCCCUCAGCUGGUCACUGA